AUGUGGCUUCAAGUGAUCGGUUUUGUGAUCGCGAUCGUAGCACUUUGCUACGCGUGGAUCAAACGACGGUACCAUUUUUGGAAGGAUCGAUCCGUCGCCUACAUUGAACCGAGCUUUCCAUUCGGUAACUUCCGCACACUCGGCAAAGUGGAACACAUUGCACCGAUCACGCAGCGACACUACGAUUACUUCCGGCUGCUAAACGUGCCCUAUGGCGGUGUGUUUAUGCUCACAACUCCGCUGCUCUACAUCUUCGACACACAGCUAAUCAAAACGUUGCUGGUGAAGGACUUCCACAACUUCCCCAACCGGGGUGUCUACUUCAACGAGCGUGAUGAUCCGCUCUCGGCACACAUGUUUGCCAUCGAGGGCCAAAAGUGGCGCACUCUGCGUGCCAAGCUUUCGCCCACGUUCACGUCUGGCCGGAUCAAAGCGACCUUUCCGUUGGUGCAGGAAGUGUGUCGACGAUUCUGCGAUCACCUACACGAGGUACUUCGAUCGACAGAUGAGGUUGAGGUACACGAUCUUCUGUCUCGUUACACGAUCGAUGUGAUCGGGGCUUGUGCAUUUGGUAUCGAGUGCAACAGUUUCCGCGAACCUGACAACGAAUUCCGGCGCUACGGGAAGAUUGCGUUUGAUAAGUUACCUCACUCACCGCUCGUAGUGUACCUCAUGAAGGCGUUCCGGAAGUACGCAAACGCUCUCGGUAUGAAACAGCUGCACGAGGACGUGUCGGGCUUCUUUAUGCGCGUGGUUAAGGACACGGUCGAGUAUCGCGAGCGUGAGCAGAUCGUACGGAAUGACUUCAUGGAUCUGCUGCUGAAGCUCAAGAACACUGGCCGGUUGGAGGAGCAAGGCGAAGAGAUCGGUCGGUUGACGUUCGAAGAGAUCGCAGCUCAGGCGUUCAUCUUCUUCACGGCAGGCUACGACACGUCGUCCACAGCCAUGUCGUACACGCUGUACGAGCUGGCGUUGAAUCCUGUGGCGCAGGAAAAAGCCCGCCAAUGCGUUCGAGAGAUACUCCAGAAGUAUGACGGGCAGCUCACCUACGAAGCGGUGUCGGAGAUGGGCUAUCUGGAGCAAUGCAUUAGUGAGACACUACGCAAACACCCACCGGUGGCGAUACUGGAGCGAAAUGCCGAUAAGGACUACCGGCUGCCGGAGAGCGGAUUGUUGCUUCGCCGAGGGCAGAAGAUCAUGAUCCCGAUCUACGCCAUGCACCAUGAUCCUGCUCAUUUCCCCGAACCGGAUGAAUACCGGCCGGAGCGAUUUUCCGCCGAAGCGACGGCUCGUCGAGAUCCACACUGUUACUUGCCAUUUGGGGAAGGACCUCGCAUCUGCAUCGGCAUGCGAUUCGGUUCGAUUCAGGCCAAGCUGGGACUGGCCAGUCUGCUGGAUCGCUUCCGAUUUAGCACCUACGAUCGGACGCAAAUUCCGGUUCAGUACUCGCGCACUAAUUUCAUUCUCGGACCAGCCAAUGGCGUGUGGCUGAAAGCGGAGGUGCUUUGA